AUGUUGGGGUUGUUCUUGGGGAGCAUUUUUAAUGGUGCUUUGAGCUUUUUGGUCUCUAACAUAAACUCGCUAUCGACUGUCACUUGGGAGGACUUUAUAUCAGCAGCGCCCGCGUUUAAGGACAUUACAGAUAAACAACAAUUGACUAUUAUUAAAAUUAUCGGAGUAACUUACGCAAUCAUAAUAAUGAUCCUGUCUUUAUUCGUGAGCCUAGUCAAUGGUGUAAUAGAAGCUAAUAUGCUGGUAACAUCAGCGACAUCUGGUGCGCUACUUGGCGUAUUUUUCCUGGCGACUCUAUUUCCUAUGGCCAAUGGUAAAGGCGCGCUUACUGGCAUGAUUGUGGCGCAUGUUAUGACGAUAUGGAUGGCUGUCGGAAGACUUAUGUAUGUUGACACGAAGAAGGAGAUGCUGCCACUAUCAGUAGAUAGCUGCCCCAACUCAACAGCUAGAGUACUCAGUCCCAUGGCAGUAGUCGUUAACGAGACUCUCACACAAUAUGCGGCUGUAUUCAAUACGAUAGACAGUUCUCAUCCUGCAAAGGAUGUAUCUAGUAAUGUCGUCUUCGAUUUCCUAAUGAAAUUCUACUCCAUAUCCUACAUGUGGUAUGCAGUAAUUGGAACGGUCAUUUGCAUUGUUUGCGGAGUGAUAGUCGGCUACCUGACGAACAGUGAAAGAGAUAAAUUUGACGAGAGACUGCUACACCCUCUUGUCGCAAAAAUGGCACGUAAAAUGCCAGGUAAAUCUCACACGUUCACGACGGAACGAGAGAAAACCUCAGAGGAGAAGGAGACUUCUGACAAAACCUGUGAUACGACGGUUGAAGAUGAGAAACCAGGCAAUUCACCAGUGUUUGCGGAUAGUAGAAUUUUUGAAACGCACGAAAAUCUAUCUACAUCAAUAAAGACUAGGCUAUGA